CACAAUUCAUAUUCAAGUAUUUCAGUUUCCUGUUUGCUUAUAAAUUGAAUACUUUUUUUUAAAGUUCCAAUUCAUAGUCACAAAGCAACUUUUGAUUAUCAUUUUUAAGCUUUGAAUUUGAUUUGCUUUUAUCAUCAAUGGCGGCAACUAAGAUCGAAAUUUCGGGUCCCAAAUCUUUGUUUUCUAAUGAAUUUCUUUGCAAUUCAACUACGUUGUUGAUUUCAAGGAAGAGAAGAACAGUGAAAGUGAGGAUGCCGGUGGCAGCGACAGCGGCUUUUACGGCGGUUCAAAUGGAGGCGAAGCUCAUCGAGCUUGAUUCCAUCAAGGUUAUCCCCGAAACUCCGGUGCAAUUCGCGGUGUCGGGUAAGGUAACGGUGGAAUACGAUGCGAUGGAACAAAUGAAGGAGUUGAUGUUUAAUUGGUGGGAUUCUUCUAAAACCGCCAUCGAUGCUCAGAGAGGAGUGUUUUUACAGCUUGUUAGCUCUGAUAUUGACCCAAGGACGGGGAAGGCGAAGGUAAGCAAAGAAGCCAUAUUAGAUUGGUCCAGAGAUCUGCCCAUAAACGCCGAUAAAUUCGUCACUCACGAGGUUCAGUUCCUCGUCGACGGGAACUUUGGGGUCCCUGGAGCUAUCCUCGUCACCAACAAGAACUCAAAGGAGUUCUAUUUGAAAAGCAUCACCCUCGAAGGCUUCCUUCAUUUCGACUGCCAAUCUUGGGUUCAACCGGAGAAGCUUCACCCAGAGAAAAGAAUCUUCUUCACCAAUAAAGCAUAUUUGCCAAAUGAAACGCCAAUGGGACUGAGAGAGUUGAGAGAGAAAGCAUUAAGGGAAUUGAGAGGGAAUGGAGAGGGUGUUAGGGUUUUAUCUGAUAGAAUUUAUGAUUACGAUAUUUAUAAUGAUUUGGGUAACCCUGAUAAAGGCCUUGAAUUUGCAAGGCCGGAUUUGGGUGGUCAACGUCGACCUUAUCCAAGACGAUGCCGUACUGGCCGUCCAUCCACUAACUUAGAUCCCAAGUCUGAGUCUCCAGCGAACGAAAUGAUGCCGAUGUACGUACCGAGAGACGAAGCAUUCAGCGACGGGAAAAGGAGAACAGUCGAUGCCGGAAGUCGGAAAGGGAUGAUGAACAAUCUUUUUCCCUUCUUUAAACAUUCGAUUGAGGGUGACUCAAUCAAUUCCUUUGCCGAUAUCAAUAAUCUCUACAAAGAAUCUCGAAACCGUUCGAAUUUCCCAGUUGAAUCCACGGCCGACGCUUUCAAAUUCGACCCUCCUAAUAUUGUCUCCAGGGAGGCUUCGUGUUGUUUACGAGACGAUGAAUUUGGUCGAUUCACACUCGCCGGCAUGAAUCCCAUAAGCAUUGAAAGGCUCAAGGUAUUUCCACCUGUAAGCAAAUUGGAUCCCUCCAUUUAUGGUCCAACUCAGUCAGCUUUGAGAGAAGAACAUCUUAUCUCUCAUCUUGAUGGCAUGUCCGUUCAACAGGCAAUUGAAAAGAAAAAAUUGUUUACAUUGGAUUAUCACGAUGUGUUCCUUCCGUUUCUCAGCAGUAUAAAUGCUCAUCCCAAUCGAAAAGCUUAUGCAACUCGGACUAUUUUCUUGUUGACUCAGUUUGGUACUUUAAAGCCAAUAGCUAUUGAACUCAGCUUACCAUCGACGAACCCUUUUAAGCCUUCAAAACAAGUGAUUACACCUCCGGAGGAUGCCACUUCUAACUGGCAAUGGCAAUUAGCUAAAGCCCAUGUUUGCUCCAAUGAUUCCGGAGCUCAUGAAUUGAUUCAACAUUGGUUACGAACUCAUGCAUGCAUGGAACCAUUUAUCAUAGCAGCACGACGACAUUUAAGUGUAAUGCAUCCGAUCCACAAGCUUCUUCAUCCUCACAUGCGAUACACAAUGGACAUAAAUGCCAGAGCUCGUGAACUUCUCAUUAAUGCUGAUGGAAUAAUCGAGUCUCUCUUUUCCACUAAAGAGUGUUCCAUGGAGAUUACUUCUCUUGCUUAUAAAAACUGGCGUUUCGAUAUGGAAUCCCUUCCUGCAGAUCUUAUUCGAAGAGGGAUUGCAGAACAGGACCCAACUGAGCCGCAUGGCAUAAAAUUACUUAUAGAAGACUACCCAUAUGCUAAUGAUGGGUUACUUAUAUGGUCAGCCAUAGAGAGACUGGUUAAGGACUACGUGAACCAUUAUUACCCGGAUUCAAAUAGUAUUCGAUCUGACUCGGAACUUAACACUUGGUAUUAUGAGUCCACCAACGUAGGCCACGCUGAUCUCCGCCAUGAGACCUGGUGGCCAAAGCUCUCAACACCGGACGAUCUCGUCUCGAUCUUAGCCACCCUCAUUUGGAUUUCUUCAGCAAAACACGCUGCUCUCAACUUCGGACAGUACCAUUACGGCGGCUACGUCCCCGUACGCCCACCCUACAUGCGGCGUCUGAUCCCAAACGAGGACGACCCGGAGUAUUCAAAUUUUGUUUCGGAUCCAGAAGGGUAUUUCUUGUCAUCGUUGCCGAGCUUAAAAGAGAUGACGUUUUUAUUGUCAGUGCUCGAUAUGUUAUCCACACAUUCAGAUGACGAAGAGUAUUUAGGUGAUCGAAAAGAGCUUUCAACAUGGAGAGGGAACCCGGAGAUUAUUGAAGCUUUUUACAGGUUCUCAAUGGAGAUGAAAGCUAUUGAGAAGGAGAUUGAUAGGCGAAAUAGUGAUCCAAAGCUUAGAAAUAGAUGUGGGGCUGGGGUUUCGCCUUAUCAACUACUGGUGCCAUUUUCGGGACCUGGAGUUUCUUGUAGAGGAGUGCCUAACAGCAUUUCUAUAUGACUGGAUCUUGGGACUUCUUUGUAUAGAAAUACAAAUUAGCAAUUUCUAGGGGCCAACCAAUACAAAAGCAAAGCCUGAAGCUUUAAUAUUCAGCUCUGAUUAAAUUUUGGAGUGAAGUCGGGUAGGUGCAAAGCUUUUUUAGAGUUGUUUUCUUUCAUUCUUUAUUCAAAUUCGAGAUUUUACUUAAACAAUAUCAAA